AUGAGCCAGUCUGAAGUGUUUCGACCAACAAACGGAGACUUAAUUGCGCGCCCAGGGCCCGUUGACGAAGGUUUCAUGGCGUCCGUCGACAGUUUUAGAAAGCUUGGCAGUCGUCCGUCUACCAAUGGAGGUUACCGAUUCGGUCAGCUCAGCCAGAACUCGUUCUUUACACGUCAUAAUCCUCAUCCAAACAGAGUUCGACAUAUCAAAGGUCUUCUCGACGUGCCUAUUUGUGCCGUGAACGACAAUGGCUACUUCUCUAAUCCAAAGUACUCCCUGCAAUUCCCUCCAAAUGCCUUCAACAAUAAUAAGAUGAGCAAACAUGGUAAGGUUCCUGUUAACGCCAUCAACGUCAACUCUCAGCUCCAUCCUAUCAACACAGUGACAGGUCUGCAGUACUUUACCGGUCUACAGAGUUACCCCUGGAGGGAGAAGGCCAUCCCCAAAGUUGGCAUGGUUCCUGUAACUGAAGCAUGGAGGAACGAGCUCCAACAACUGACACAGGCCUUGAUGGGGGAAGAGCAACCGAAACCGAAAGCCCCCGUGAUCCCGAAGGAACCCGAACGACCCAGAACACUGUACUCCGCAGAAACCGGUCGACUUAUACCUCCUCCUUCACGCGCUAUGUCGCGUGGGGCUUCUCGGCGCGCAUCUCGACAAGGUGCGCGUGAACCCCUGUUACGCCACAUAGCAGCAGAGCCAGAUAUGGAAAGUAUGGUGUUGUCCAUGCUUUGUCAAAUCCUGCAGACCGAAGACAUCAACGCCGUUCAAGCUUGGCUAUGCUCCGCGGGAGAAAGAGAGAAAACGAUGGUGAUGGACAUGAUUAAGGCGGCUAUGGGUUCUCGGGAUACCUACUACAAACAUGAUUACAACCCAGAGUUUGCGGACGAGCAAAGAACCAUCCUGCCCCCUAUUGGCGAGAGUCAGAAACAAACCUUACCGAGUGACAUGGAGAAGACAAUUGACAGGCUCAUCCUGGAGGAUCAGGGAGUCCCAGGGGAGCCCCAGAUGGAAUCCUUUGUCCCAAAGGCCCCACUUAAACCGGUUAUUGCUGACCAAGACGAACUUACAACCAAUAUCCAGCCACCAGUAAGUGAAGCAUUCAAGAAACAAUUUACACGCCCGCCGACUAAUGCUGGCAGACGAACUCCUAUGAAGACUGAGGCUCCACCUGCCCCAGCGACCUCUUUCCGGUUUACGACAUCCGCUCAUGGCAGACAGGAAGAUGCUGCAGCUAAGCAAUCAAAACCGGCACCAGCGGAGCAACGAGUGGAUGUGACAAGUCCCAAUACCUUUUAAUAUCAAACCAGUACUAGAGACAAUCUAACCAUUCUGUACAAUUAUUAUUUGAAAGAUGGAAUUCAGGAAGAAAACAUCGCACCACUUAAUUAUAUAUUUGUACAUUAAAGUCUGCACAAUAUUAAUAAGGAAUUGUUUUGGAAGGUGCACUACAAGAACAGCGUUAAAGUUUCAUUAUCUGUAUAGGCAUAUUUCGCACCAAAUCACAAUUAAAUUGAACCAUUCGUUUUUAUCAUCUGUAUUCUUCUAUGAGGAACUAUCUUUACACUCAAUUGUUGGCCUUCAUAGUUAGUCGUACUGUGACACUGGUAGCUUACCUGAUCGUCGUCAACUACAUGUUAUUAAUUUACUGUUUGAAACCCUGUAUCACUGA